AUGGCUAAUGAUGAAUCCGAUGCUCUUGAUGCGCUUGAGAAGGAAGCCAAGGAAUAUGACAAGGACGCUGAGAUAGACCGUAUUCUGAAAGCAUUUAGACUUGAUGCCUACGCAGUCCUCGAUCUACAGCCCGGUGUACCUGAGUCAGACAUCAAGAUCGUCUAUCGGAAAAAGUCGCUACUAAUUCACCCCGACAAAACCAAAAACCCACUAGCACCUGAAGCCUUUGACCGACUGAAGAAAGCGCAGACAGCCCUGGUUGAUGAGAAGCAGCGACAACAUCUCGACGAAUGCAUCGCGGAUGCGAGACAGCUGCUGAUCCGACAGCACAAGUAUACCGUUGACUCUGAGGAAUUGAAGACGGAAGAGUUCAAGCAGGAAUGGAGAAAGAAGACGGUUGAAGUGCUGGUCGAGGCCGAGGCUCGGCGAAGAAGACAGAUGAAGGCCAGAAUGCAGGAAGAGGGACGAGAGAAGGCCAAAGAAGACGCCGAGAUUGAAGAGAGGAAGCGGAAGCGAGAUCAUGAGAAGAGCUGGGAGGAGACGAGAGAGCAGCGGAUAGGCAGUUGGCGAGACUUCCAGAAGGGGGUGAAGAAGUCAGAAGACCAGAAGAAGAAAAAGAAGAUGAAGGUGUUGGGAUGA